UAAUGUUUUCCCGUCCAUGUGUAGGCGAAUCACGUGUAGAGAAAUCGUUGGUCGUCAUGUAUCUGCUGUAGCGCAGCUCCGUGCUAGAUUUUGUUAUUUGCCUCCAGUUGUCGCGGGCACUUUGUUUUGACAGCUGCCUGUUUUCUUUUCUCGUACUUUUUAACGAAGAAUGAGCGAAAACGAUGACAUCGAAGUCGACAGCGAUGCAGACAAGCGUGCACAUCACAACGCACUCGAGCGUAAACGCAGGGACCACAUUAAAGACAGCUUUCAUGGUUUACGAGAUUCUGUGCCCGCAUUACAAGGGGAGAAGAACUCUGUCAAACAGGCUUCCCGAGCACAGAUUCUAGACAAAGCCACCGAGUACAUCCAGUACAUGAGGCGAAAAAACCAUACCCACCAGCAAGACAUCGAUGACUUAAAGAAGCAGAAUGCAUUGUUGGAGCAGCAAGUUCGUGCACUGGAGAAAGCCAAGGGGAACACUCAGCUCCAGACAAACUACUCUUCUGACAGCAGCUUGUACACAAACCGCAAAGGCAGCGCGGUGUCCGCCUUCGACGGCGGCUCCGACUCCAGCUCCGAAUCGGAGCCGGACGAGCCGCCUAACAGAAAGAAGCUGCGCAUGGAGCCCAGCUAGACUCGGGUGGCCCGCAAUUCUCCAAACAGACUCUUUUUGCCCACCAGCCCCCGACUCCUACUACCUGUCCGCACUCAGUCCUGCCUUCUUGCGCCAGUCGAGGAGACGAGGCGGAGACUGUGUGAGAGAGGUGCUAUUAUGUAUAAAUACGCUUCUACCUUCCUAUUUCCUCCUGGCAAGUGUCCUGUCACUCCUUUUGUGGCCCAGCAACAACUUUUAAGACCCCCACCCACCCACCCAAAGUGAGGCAGCUCUGCGGUUUUGAAGGACUAUGUGCUUUUCAAACCUCAUGGUAACCAUUCGUAAUCAAAUGUGGAGAUGACAAGGUGUGAGGCUUUAGUAAAGCUACAUAAAAUAAAAUCUUUUUUUUUUCCCUUCGUUGGAGUUGUGAGACUUUACGACCUUUGACACAUUGGUAAUUAGGGAUAGUUUACCUUUUUAAUAUUCAUACUUUUCCAGAAAAGAAUGUGAAGUUGCUUUUGAAAAAAAAUGUCUGUUAUGCAAGAUGCAACCCUCCUUAUUCAGUGUAGAUGGCUGAAGUUUUUGUCUUUGAAAAAUGUUUGUGUAAUCAAAAGGAGUCCCUCUAUUUAUAUUGAUGCACCCAAAUUGAUUUCUUACCCUCAUGUCUGAGCUCCCUCAUGUUUGGCUUGAGAUUUUCCAGAGAACACGGGAGGAUGAACAAGUUGACCCUCUGUUUUAGUGGAUUUUCCACAGGUUCAACUAUUUAUUUUCCUCUAUUUUUAUUAUUAUCAAAUAAAACGUGGGUAUUAAAAAAAAAGAAAAAAAAAGGAUACUGAAUGUUACGCAAUGCAGUUAAAGGGCAGUGACCUUUAUUUUUGUUAAUGGAAGUCCAUUUCAGUGUGUAGUAUAUAACACUGUAUACUCUUAAAUGGUGUCAGCUCUGCAAAGAAAAGCCUUCCCUUGAUAUAUUUGCCUGUGCUGGGAACGUUUAUCUUUCUUUUUUUUUCCUUUUUUUUUUUUUUUUUUCCUUUUUGCAGAGGUUAAUUAGUGUGUACGUGAUCAAUAUUUGUUUGUUCCAUUCCAUGGAAAUUACAGGUAUGUUGUACAUACUGCCAACGGUUGUCUUGCAAGUUGAGGCAUACCUUUAUUAUGAGACUAUAAAUAAAACUAUUUUAUCCUUUUGGGAUGUA